CGCACGCACGACAUCACAACCGCCACUACCGGCACCGCCCGCGACCCGCCGCAGCUGACCCCGAGGAGCAGCGCCGGCGCGGCUUUACGCAGCCGCUGAAAAAGCAGCGCGCAAAAAACCAUGCGCUCAUAACAGAACGGACGGAGAAGGCAAUGUGAACCAAGUGUGCUUCAACAACCCGACCCGCUCAUACCGCCUGAACGUGCCUUUCGACUUAGUGAAGCCCAUGUACGAGGGGCUGAAAAUGUUACAUGACUUGUGCAUGGAGAAGGAAAACCACAUGCUGUAUAAAAUGGCAGACGGCGACGUGCUGGUGUUCAACAACCGACGCGUGAUGCACGGCCGGCGGGGCUACACGGUCACCUCCGACAGCACGCGCACGCUCGAGGGCGGCUACAUCGACUGGGACGAGAUCCUGUGCCGCUACCGUACCGUCUCCGACCUGCUGCGGAGGCCGUCGAUGCGGCGCUAGAGCCGGCAGCCACGGGCCUCUGCCGCGGGCCUCUG